AUGACCGCCCCAGCCCCCACGAGGCCAAACGUCAACCUAGACGAGUUGGAUCGGCUGUACAACAAUGUGCUUGUUGAAACUGGCAAGAUAUUCAAAGCCCUGGCAAAGGAAGGUGGCGGCUCGGUUGCCGAGUUGCCUACUACGAAUAACAGCCGUAUCCAGUACAAUAUUGAGGAGUUCAAUGCUACCCUGGAUGAGGUCGAGAUCGAGAUCGUGCAGGCCAAGGCCGCCAUCUUGAGGGAUCUGAACAAAGUACGGGAAAAGCGCAAUCCUCCGCCGGUACCGGUACCCACACCAAAGCCGGCGUCACUCCCGGCCCCGACAGCGCCCAUGGGUCCCAAGGUACCCAAGGCUCCAAUGGCUCCAAUGGCCCCCAUGACUGUCGGUAUUCCGGCAGGUCCUAGCCCUCCUCAAUCUCAACCUGGAAAGCCGCCUCUUAACAAGUCGGUGGCUCCCAUCCCUGAUAUGGGGCUCGAUCUCACCGCGUCUCCCGUGGCCAAGCACUCCCCGAGCCCGAAGCUGGUAAAGACCAAUCCCAAGAACUCGCCUCGACCGGGUGCCGCACGCCCUGUUAGCGCACCUCCGAAGAAGGAUUCCAAGGUGCCGCCAGGUCAAGCCUCCCGACUAGCACAUGCGGCAACCGCAGCAUCACAGGCUCCCCGAUCAGCAAGCGCAGCGCCCCAUAUUUCCCAUCCAGUUCAAAACGCCAAGUCUACGGCCCUUCAUGGUGGAAAUCCGGGAUCUGGACCGACCGCGCCGCCUAAUCACAUUAGCAUGCCGAACCAGUCUCCGCAUCAGGCGACGUCAGGGCCACAACCACCUCAGCCAACGCAGGGACCUCAAGGGACGUUCCACGCUCCACCUCCCGCUACAGCCAAAGCCCCAGCACCAGUACCAGCCCCAGCACCAGGAGCCGAAGCCCUCUUCACAAACAUGACCUUCUCCCUGGCGCCUGGCCCAGGAGAAGCUCCGAAACAGAACCACCAACCAGCCGCCAACAUGACCAAUGCCGCACACCCACCCGCUCUGAACAUGGGCCACCAAGCACCCGUCCCUGCGAACGCCCCAGCCAACGGGGCGGCAGGAGGAGGAGAGGACGCUAACAUGUCCAACGCGGAAAUCUUCGACCUCGGAUCAGGAAGCAUGGACAACAUGGAGGACAUCAACUACGACCUGGGCGGGGAGGGUGGCGACAACAGCAACUUCAACGAUCUCUACUUCAGCAGUGGCGGCGAUGAUACCACGCAGAACACGGAGUUUGACAGCGCGAAUUACUACAACUUUUAG